AUGUCUCGCACAGCAGACUCCUCCCCAAGAGGCUCCAACUCUCCUUCACCAUAUCCUUUCCAAGGCAGAGGAGCUCACAUCGAUGCUGUCAUUGCUUCUGCUCGUGCAGGUCCCUCUUCUCGUAGGAACCUGAUCGACACCGAGAUGGAGGAUCGAUCCGAGUCCCCCGCCGAUUUCGCCGCUCGCAAUGGGAAUCCAGUUCCACGUCCACCACCCUCGCCUUCCAGCACAUCACAAUCCGACGACGGCGCAGGUCAGGAGGACUUUGCCGAUCUCGCCUCGAUCGACGACGCAGUGACCAAAGGAAAUGCAGUUCAACGCUCUUUCGAUCCCGCAGCCGUGCGCCUGUCUCGUCGCGGCACGCUCGUCCCAGCAUCCCCCACCUCUUCCGACGGCACUUGGAUACACCAAGAUGCGCCACUGAGUACCGCCUCUAGCCUUCCACACGAGAUCCUUCUGCAUAUCUUCAAGUAUCUCGUCCUAUACCCUCCCGAUCUGCUGUCUUGUCUGCUCGUUUGCAAAUCCUGGUGCUUGAACGGUGUCGAGCUGCUAUGGCAUCGUCCCGCCUUGUUCAAGAUCUCGUCCCUCUUCAAGCUGGUCGGCGUCAUUCGCAAGCCAGAGCAGCUCUUCCCCUACGCCGAAUUUGUCCGCCGGCUCAACUUCACGCUCCUCGCAAAUCAACUCGAGGAUCAGCUCUUCCUCAUGAUGUCGUCCUGCCGACGCCUCGAGAGGCUGACGCUCGCCGGUUGCUCCAACAUCACCGAUGCGACCCUCGUCAAGGUCUUCCAGAACACACCCAUGCUGGUGGCCGUCGAUCUCACCGAGGUGGCCGAUAUCACCGACGCCACACUGCUCACACUCGCAGCAAACUGUCCCAAGGCGCAAGGCAUCAACUUGACGGGUUGCAAGAAGAUCACAUCGAAAGGUGUCGCCGAGCUCGCACGCAGUUGCAAGCUGCUCAGAAGGGUCAAACUGUGCGGCUGCGACAAUGUCGACGACGAGGCGCUGCUCUCGCUGACCGAGCACUGCCCUUCUCUGCUCGAGGUGGAUCUGAUCCACUGCCCCAAGAUCUCGGACAAGUCGGUUCGGGAGAUCUGGACGAGGAGCUUCCAGAUGCGCGAGCUGCGGCUGGCUCACUGCACCGACCUGACCGACAACGCCUUCCCUUCCGCACGCGGCACGACGGGUGUGCCGAUGCUGGGCACUUCGCAUUCGCACGGCUCGCGCAUCGGAACCUCAUCCGCCUUUGCCAGCGAUUCGGCGCCCACGAGUCGAGGCGCAUCUCCUGGAGUCCAGAUGAUGCUCGACGGUCGACGGGAUAGCGGGCUGGCACGAUCGACCAGCAUCCCCUCCGAUCUCUCCCACAGCCGCCUCUUCGACCACCUCCGCAUUCUCGACCUGACCAGCUGCACUUCCAUUUCAGACGACGCCGUCGAGGGCAUUGUCGCCAACGUGCCCCGUCUCAAAAAUCUCGCCCUCACCAAAUGCACCCGCCUCACAGACGAAGCCCUGUACAGCAUCGCCAAGCUGGGCAAGAACCUGCACUACCUGCAUCUCGGCCACGUCUCCAACAUCACCGACCGCGCCGUGACCCAUCUCGCCCGCUCCUGCACUCGUUUGCGCUAUAUCGACGUCGCAUGCUGUCCCAACCUCACCGACCUCUCCAUCACCGAGAUUGCGAACAACAUGCCCAAGCUCCGCCGCAUCGGCCUGGUCAAAGUGAUCAAUCUCACCGACCAAGCGAUCUACGGUCUGGUCGAUCGGUACAACUCGCUCGAACGAAUCCAUCUGUCCUACUGCGAAAACGUCUCUGUCCCUGCGAUCUUUUGCGUCCUACAACGACUCGGUCGACUCACACACCUAAGCCUGACCGGUGUACCCGCAUUCCGUCGACCGGAGCUGCAAAAGAUGUGCCGGGCGCCACCGAAGGAUUUCAACGAGCAUCAGCGGCAGGCGUUCUGCGUGUACUCCGGCAAAGGCGUGCACGAUUUGCGCAAGUAUCUGCAACACGUGUAUGCGGAUGAGCAGCUGGCGGUUGAAUUUGGACAGUUGGAGCCUAGGGCUAGGACCGCGUUGGGUGGUCUACCCGACACUCCCGCAGGAGGAACGGUACCGAUGACGACGAGACGACUUCAGUUGACACCGGCAGAACAGAUGUACUACGAACAACAACGGUUGCUCGCCAGGCAUGCGAAUGCGAGACGGGCGACAGAGGAUACGAAUUUGCAUGGGAGGUUGGCUUUGGAAGAGGCACAGGAGACGAGGAAUCCGGGUGUGCCACUGGUCGCCCCGCAGCCGAUGGUAGAGGAUGACGAUGAGGGGGAGGAGGAGUACGGUACGCCGGAUGCGAGUCAGGAUCUUAGGGGGGAGGAUGAGAUGAGCGAUCGGGAGAGGGUGCGUGCGCUGCGAGAGGGCAGGUAUGGCGUUUGA